CAUAACAAGAACACUACUCUCCACCCAUAUCCGAGAAGAGUCUGUUAAGAGGUUCUCACCUUCUCGUCUGCGCUCUCAUUACCAAGAAAGACGCCGGUGUACUAACAACACGCCGAGGUAUCUUAGGACACCACUGCAGCUCCUCAUUGGUCAGGAGUAUCGAGGUCUAGUGCGUAACGUCGCGCGCUGGACACACGCGAGCCCGCCGAAGAAUUCACUGAGAAAACCUUGUGGAUAUUCAGGUGGAGAUUUUACAUGCCAAAGCUGGGGGAACAGACUUCAACACAACACACUUUUGAGCAAAGCUUGAAAGUUUUCGCCACAAUAAUUGGUUAUCGGAUGGACCAGCACCCCAGCGCCCGGAGCUGCACCAGUCGCGGGGCUCCGUCCUGUGAGGCCGUCCCGACUGAGCCCUCCAUGAAUCUGUACAUCCACUCCACCACCGGCACACGCUUCGAGCUCUCCCUGCCCCAGGAGGAGACCGUGGACGGACUGAAGAGGAGGCUGUCGCAAAGACUCAAAGUACCAAGAGAGAGACUCGCUUUGCUGCACAAAGAAACGCGACUAAGUUCAGGCAAACUCCAGGAUCUAGGCAUCUCGGAUGGGAGCAAGUUAACACUUGUACCAACAGUUGAAGCAGGAUUAAUGUCUCAAGCAUCAAGACCCGAACAGUCAGUAAUGCAAGCCUUGGAGAGUCUUACUGAAACUCAGGUCAGUGACUUUCUGUCCGGCCGCUCCCCCCUCACCCUGGCACUGCGUGUCGGUGACCACAUGAUGUUCGUCCAGCUGCAGUUGGCGGCGCAGCAGUCUGGCGGUCCCCAGCUCCAGCACAGACACCUCAUCACCCGGGGCAACGCAGAGACCCCAUUGGGACAGCCAACGGGGCAGCCCCGUGUUCCCCACCCUCACCCGCACUCCCACCACCACCCCCAUCAUCCACACAGUCACCCCAGCCCACACUUGUCCCAGCCUCACCUGGUCCCUUCCUCCCCCUCUCCCCCAGGCUCCCCUUCCUUCCCCCUGCCAACCACGCACCACCAGCAGCUCCCUCCCAUGUACCACCCGUCGCCCUCUGCCGCUCAGUGUAGCACCCCUACUCCCCCUCCUCCACCCCACUCCCCUCGCCCGUCCCACAUCCCUGGAGGGCUUUUCCGCUCUCCAGCCCAUCACCACCAUCACCACCACCACUACCACCAGCCCUCCUCAAGCCAACCCAGCCACGACAUUGGCCAGGCCAGCCCUGUAGCCCCGGUCCUCUGCCCUGAAGCUAACUGCAGCCCUAACAGCCCCAACAGCCCCAACAGUGGCAGCAGUCCCUCAACACGCUCCCGCAAACCUGGCGCCAUCAUUGAGAGCUUUGUCAACCACGCUCCCGGAGUCUUCUCAGGGACCUUUUCAGGCACUUUGCACCCUAACUGCCAGGACAGCACUGGGCGUCCCAGACGAGAUAUUGGUACCAUCCUGCAGAUCCUCAACGACCUCUUGAGCGCCACACGCCACUACCAGGGCAUGCCCCCCUCCCUCACCCAGCUCCGCUACCAGACCCAGUGUGGUUCACCCACCUCCCCAUCCCCCUCGCCGCCUCCUUCGCCCCAGGUUGCUGGCAUUGGCCUCUCUGCCAAAGCUACCUCUGUGCCCGCCAGCAGCCCUAUCAGCCCUCCGCCGACUCUUCAUCCAUUGGUACAGUGCCAGAGUCAGAUCCGCAUGUGCAAACCCCCUGGUGACCGUGUUCGUCAGACCGAGAACCGUGCAACUCGCUGCAAGGUGGAGCGCCUGCAGUUGUUGAUGCAGCAGAAGCGUCUGCGCAGGAAGGCCAGACGGGACCAUCGCGCUCCCUAUCAGUGGCUGCCCAACCGGAAGGCCGGGCGCAGCAACAGCAACAGCAGCAUGUCCAGCGAGGGCUCCAUGGACCUGGACUUUGACGACUCGGUGUGGAAGCCCGACGUUAAGGCAGACUUGAAGUCUGAGUUCGUCAUGGCCUGAAGCGCCUGAUCCCACACGCUGGGGAAUAGAUUCAGAGAUGUGCAAAGCAUCGCUCGGGAUUUACUUUAGAGAUAUACAUUUGAGGGAGUGGAUUGGCAGGAGGUGACACAGAACUGUGCAAAGGUGUCUUGUGCAAAGAGGAAAUCAGAGUUGUCCUUGUGGCUGGCAUCCGUCACACAAAAAUCAUAAAGCUCCCUGCAGACUUUAAUCCCAUCCGGUCCUUCACAGUUGACCUUGUGAAAAAUAGCAACAAUAGCAAGAGAACUUUCUUUUGAUGCUUGGAUCUGGACAGGCAACAACCGGACUUAAUAGUGUACAAGACUUUUAACGGUGCGGUUACAGAGACCAUACCUGAACUUGAACAUAGCAGAAUUAAAUUGGUGGUGGCGGCGGUGGUGGUGGUGGUGGUAUUUUCAGAUGAUAUUUUUUUUUUCUAAGAUUCUUUUUUUAAAGGGCACUCUGGACAGCAAUGAAGAGAUCCACACUGGACUUAUCAACAGGACAGGAGCACGGGAGGCCUCGGUGUUUCCUAUUCACAUGAAUGGCAGAACUGCCGAACUAUGGAUUAUUAUUCCAACGGGCAUUCUUAUCGAUCUCAAAGCUCACCAACCAGAGUCUAGUUUUUACCUGUUGCGGGGUGGUUAAACCUUCUUUUUUUUCAUUUUGAAACAUAUUAUUAUAUUUUCUAAACAAAAAAUAUGUAGCAUUGUUCACAAAGCAUUCAGGUUUUCAUAUAACAGUUCAAAGUAGUUGUUGAUUUGCACAUUUUCUUGAUUUGUAACAGCUGGUCAAAGUGUGCAAGAAGAAGGAGGAGGAGUUGGGGCCUGAAAUGGACUAGAAAAUGAAAAUGGAAGUAUUGAUAUCAACCUCAGUGACAUAGGGUAUUGAUAGGAAUGAUCAAUGAGUACACAAAAUGAACUAAUAUGAACAGAAAGUGCUUUAGAGGAUUUUAAAAUCUUUAAAAUGUAUAUGGAAAAACAAAUCUAUUUUUUAUCUCUCUUCCUAUCUGCUGUUUUCAAAAAACAGCAGCCCUCUGUGGCUUCAUUCAAGUCAGUGACUACCAACAAAACAUGUACAUCCAUUCAAUCAUUCAUUAGCCCAUUCAUGAAUUAUAGUCGUCUAGCCACAACAGAUGAUACAGAAAGAUAAAUUUCAUCCAGCCCGCCUCAUGUCUUUCAGACCUGAAUGGACUUGUGGAGGGUUCGUAUUAGUUUGUGUACAUAAAUGUGACAAUUGGCAAAGGUUUAUAAGGGUGUGUGGUAUGUUUGACAUUAGCGUAACUUGAUUUAGAAGACCCCAUGUUUUUGUCCAAGUUGUUUUCUCCCAGAUAACCCCACUGUUUCUUAAAAAUCCUGAAGAUCAGCUGCAGUGAAUGCAUGGGUCACUACUUUAUAUCCCAACAGGAUAAAACAUAGAAAUUCUAAGUUGGUAUUUACCUACAAGUCCUCAUAAUAAUUACACUUUUUUUUUUAUUGGCAAAAGAGGGAGAAGUGGGAUCUGUAGCCAGCAUCAUUAUCUAGUGCCUCCACCAGUACAUCCGUUGACAUAUCAGGUUAGGCCUUUCACAGUUUUGCUGCUACACGUGGGCACUUCAAAUGGGAGAAGGAAAACAAAGCGGGAGGGAAAAAGUGACUUUUUCUUUGCAUGCAGAAGUGUGAAUUACACUGAUCUUUUUUUUUUUCUAUUGAUGGAAGAAAAAAAAUAAAAUAAGAAACUGGUGCUGUGGGAAUGAAGGUUACCAACAUGCAUGAAUUUGUGAAGAAAAUAAACAAUGCUGCUUUUGUUGGUUAGGUUUUUUUGUAAUUUCUUUUGUUUUUUCAAUGUUAGAACAACGGUGUCCUGCUAAUGUAUUACGACGCAGAACCAAAACAGAUGAAGUUAAGUGUGGACUCGCGUCUUGCUCAGCACUGAACAUUCCUGUUGUGUAACAAUGAAGAUGAUGAUGGGCAAAGAGCAACUGACUCUCUCUAUGCUCCCCCAGCGCUGGUCCCCCCCCCCACCUUAGGACCCAGACAGUCCUCCAUUAAACACCUCCCCUCCUCCCAGCCUGAACGCCAACCCAGGCUCAUGUGGACAAACUCUGGCAGGGAACCAACAGACCAGCGGAUUACAGUACUGUCCGUCAAGCGUCUGGUCUGUCUCUUUAUCUGUCUGUCUGUCUGACCGGUCGAACCACCCUACCACAAUUGCACUCCCAGAGAUUGCAGUGAGAGAUUACCUUUUUUUGGUGAACCUCAUCUUUUUUUUAAGUGGCCUUACCUUUCACUAAAAAAACGAGACACUUGGGGACAAUGGGGACGGGAAAUGUUUUUUUUUCUUUUUGGGAUUUUUGAAACUUUCUGUGUUGCAUCGUUGUCGGACUUGUUGUCAUCAAGGCGCCAUUUUUUGUCACUGGGGACACUGGGCAUCUGUUGUUUAGUGCUUUUAGCUGGUGGAGUCUCUAAUAUGUCAAGGCUUCUGUGCCUUAAAAAUGUUGCCCUUGCUGUGUCAGUGUAAGAUUUAAGCUUGUUUUCAUUGGUUGAUACACAGGACUGUAGUAUUCGCAGCCAUGAGAGUCGUAAAUUUUAGGGGUGAAGCUUGUUUGAGUGAAUCCGAUACUAUUCAAAAGUUAGCGCUGUUCCUCAAACACUGUCUUUGUCCCAUUUCUUCAUUGUGUUGCCAUGCUUGUUGGUCUCCGUUGUCCGCACCUCACAUCCCUUUUUACACAGUUCUCCCACCAACAAGCUGCAAAAAGCUACUAAUCUGUGUUAACUUAUGUUAACUGAGGAAGUUUAAAUCGCAGUACUUAGACGGCGAGAAACAGCCUGAAUAAGAAAGGUCCUCUGAGGACUCCAGACUACAUGCACUUCCUGUUUCCUUGGAUACAACAUUAUUAGAGGACAAUUUAUUCCCUGCCCCUCCCAAAUUUUUAUUUAAUUUUGUUUUGUAUAUGUAUGAACUAUACUCUGUGUGUGCCUCACGUCUGUGUGAAACUCAAAAAGAUGAAACAAAACAAAAAAGACAAAAGCAUUACAGAGAGGAUAAAAAACAGUAUGUUGGUGGAAUUUCUGAUCACAUCAUUUACGUUGCCUGUUCUUUCUUGUAGCCAACUAUUGAAAAUAACAGGAUUCAAGAAUACAAUUUACAAUGUUCUAGCUCUAGACCGGUGUAGCACAUGUGUGACUGUAUUAAUUUAUGAAACCAAAAUGGUAACUGUGAAUUAUGUAUUUCUUUGUGCAUUUUUUUGUUUGUUUGUUUUUUUAAGCGGGGGAGAAGGUUGUCGGGACAUAGCAGCAGCUGAUGCUCGUGUCCGAACUUUUGGUUUUUUUGGUGGAAUAUAAUGGAAACAGAACAUGUUUC